AUGGACAAUCAUCUGAUCAUGAAUUCUCAUCUUUUACCGCUGAAUAUCGAAGGUGAUCAUCACAUCGAUGAAGAUUCUGAUUCGGACAGUGCAUCAGUUGCUUCCGACAUCGAAAUUCAUGAUACUAAUGUAAUUAACGAUGAUUUCAUUCGACUUAAUCUUGACCAUGACGGCAGCAGCAGCGAAAAUGAAACUGAAGAUUUAACAAAUCCGAAUACCGAUGAGGUUAUUCAAAUUGAUCGAACAUCACCUUUGUCGACGUGCAUUAAUUCAACAACAACAUCUGCUCUUCCCAUAAAAUAUAAACAUCGACAAUGGACUUUAAUGGAGAAAAUGAAAAUUAUUACACAAAUUGACAAAGGUGUAUCUUUACAUACACUUGAAUUAAAAUACUCCUGUACCAGAAAAAUGAUUCGUGAAUGGAAAAGAAAAGAACAUCAAUUAAUCAAACUACUGAAAGAUGGUGCAAAAAAUAAAAUACGCAAAAGAAUUGAAGGUGGUGGUGCUAAGUUGACCUAUUAUGAUUUGAACAAACAUUUAAUUACAUGGUAUAGAUCGAAACGUGGUUUGGAUCAAGAUGGUCAUGAAGUGUCCAAAGAAAAGGUGACACUCAAAGCUAUGAUUCGACAAGCACAGCGGUUUUGUGAUUUGAAUGAAGAUAAAGAACCAUCAAGACGGUGGUAUUCAAGAUUUUUAAAAAAGCAUCGUUUGUCAUUACAAAGGCCGGUGCGAAAACAAAAGGUCCGCAACGUGGUCCAAUGGGGGUGUUUUACUGAGACCGAUGUAUGCAAUAUGGAUGAAUCUCCAUUAAACCUAUGGGGUGAUCAAUCCAAGCGUUGCAUAAAUGAUGUGAAUACAAAAAAUGAAAUCGAAGGUCAUCUGGACGACAAACGAUUUGCAACAGUCAUAUUAUGCGUAUUUCCCGAUAAUAAUGAUCGAAUUCAACCAGUACUUUUAUUUCGUGGUAAAGGAAGAGUUGUUGUUGCUGAAGAAAAACAUUAUUCACCAGAUGUUAAAGUGUUUUUUACACCCAAGGCAUUUAUAAAUAAACCAACUAUGAAUAAAUAUAUGGACUGGUGGUUGAACAAAGUUAAAGAUGGCAAUCGUAAACUUUUUAUCACGGAUAGUUGCAAUUGUCAUAUAGAUGAAGGUUUGAAAAAGAAGAUGAAAUCAAGUGGUAUAUGUUUGGCGAUUAUUCCAAAAGGUUGUACUCAGUACAUUCAAUUACUAGACGUACAUGUAUUCUCUACGUUUAAGAAUCAUUAUUACGAUUGUGCUGAAGAAUUCCUGGAAACAAACGGUCCUCGAACAAAAUUAAAACUAACAUCUUCCCAAAAGCGUGUCUUAUGUACACGAUUAACUGCUUCAGCAUGGUUUCGUACUUUGAAAUCUAUUAACUUGAUCAAGGCUUUUCGUUCGCUUGGUUAUACAUGGAAUGAUAAUUCGAUAAUAAAACCUAACCAUAUACAAUGGUACACAUUUGAUCCAAGUUUGGUUGAAUUAAAUGAAUUAACAAUUAAUGAAGAAAAUAAGGAUUCCAAGCAAGCUCAAGAAAUUCAACAUAUUCAACCGACAACAACUCAAGUUAAACACAAGCAAACGACCUUGAAAGACAUGUGGACCAUUUAG